AUGCUGUCUCUCCCAGAGACCUCCACCACGAGCAAACUCUUCCUCAUUUGUUUUACCAACCUCCCCCUAAUCCUCCUCUUCCUAAGUUCCUCUGGUGUUCAUGGGGUGCCACUCAGAGAGCACAAACUGUGGGGGAGCGAAUCAGGCUACCAGAGAGGAAGUGGCCCCUUGGCUCCUAACGUUGACAUGAUUAAAGCCUUGGAGUACAUCGAGAGCCUCCGCCAGAGAAGCGGCACAGACUCCCAGCAGCACAGUCCUCUCUCUGUGGGCUACGAUGCCAACCACAUGGAAGAUGCAGAGAAGCUACGUGCAAUGCUGAGACUGGUUUCUAACCCUACGCAGAGUAAAGAUGAAGAUGAGGAAGAAGAGGAAGGAAGGGAGGACAAGAGUGAAGAGCUGCUCCAGGCCGUGCUCAGCACACUCCAGCAGACAGAAAAGGCAUCCAAGCUAGAUUCACUUCAUCCAGGUGCCGAAGGAGAAGGCAUAAAGGACAGCGUAUAUCCCAGGGUGCAGCAGAAGCAACAGGGCGUCCCGCUCCACAAGAAGCUGCCGCUAAUGUUCGAGGAUGAGGAGGAGGAUGAGGGGGGUGAAGAAGAGGGGGAUGAGCGGCCAGGUAAAGAGUACGAGAACCACUUCAAACGCACCAAUGAGAACGUAGAGGAGAAGUACACACCUCAGAAUCUGGCCACGCUGCAGUCUGUGUUCGACGAAAUGGACAAGCGGACUAGUGUCAAGACCAUGCACAAGCGCCAAGAUGAAGAAGAUGACAUGGAGAAUGAGAAUGAGGAGGAAGAAGAGGAUGAUGAUAUGUUUAAGGUGAGGAAUGUGGCGUACGAUAAUGUAGGAGGGGAUGUCGCACUUGACUGGGGUCCACUGCAAGAACGGGAGGAGGAAGAGGAAGAGGAGGGGGGUGACAAACAUGAUAUUGACCGAGGGCUUGAUUAUGUUGACGACAAUGACGAAGAGGUGAAUGAGGAUGAUGAAGAAGAGGAGGAUGAAGGUUACCCAGUCAAGAGGUCAAACGAUCCAAACAAUGUUGCCAACCUGGUGGACUAUUACCUCCUGAAAGUUCUGGAGAAAACAGAGGAAGAAGAGCAGAAACGAGAGAUAGAGGAAGAGGAGGAGAAGCAGAGGACUGAGAGGAGAGCAGCUCAGGCACAGAACAGAGACGACAUAUUCCCACGAACCAUCUACGAGUUCAUUCAGAUCUCCCAAAAAUACCAGAUCCCACCUGAAGACCUGAUGGACAUGCUCAAAACUGGUGAAAUGAUGAAUCAAGUGAAGUCACAAAAGAUGAGCAAAUUAAACAGAGCACAAAACCUGCUCUCUCAGGCAUCCAGCAAGAAGAUACACAAGAUUCCUGAGGCUACAUUCUACAGCAGACGCCUGCCCGACACUCACAAAUCCCCAGAGGAGCUGAGGACAGAGGAAAUCCUCAAAAUCCUGGGUUUAGGGGGCACGGACGACCGAGCUCCUGUCAGAACACAGAAGCAGUACAAGAGCUCGCUGUCACGACUUCACACUCAGCCUGCGCGAGGUUUGGGGGAAUCCACUCCCACGCAGCGGCGCUUCCCCAGCACAUUGAAGAACGACUACGACGACACCCUGGCUGAGGAUGAGCUGGCAGCGUAUUUGGCAGCUCAGAUGCCGGUACAGUAUCUGAAUCCCACGUACAGCAGAAGCAGCAAGUCGAGCCAGAAGCGUGAAGAGGCUGGACAGAGCAUGACGGGCUCUUUUGAACAGGCCAUACAAGACUAUUUUGGUCACAUGGACUCAGAUAAAAGCCUGAAUGAAAAGAGACAGUCUGAGGACGCUGAGAGGGGGGGGGCCCCGCAAAUGCAAGACUUUGAAAAUGAGGCCGUGAUGAAACUGCUGAGCUACCUGAACCCAGAAACUGAAGAAAGUGAUAACGAUGGGGAAAGUGUCCAGGGAUAUAAAUAA